AUGUCUAGGACUGGCCCAAAAAGGGUGAGGCCUACCGAGACUUCGAACUCGUCUCGGAAGAGAAGGAAAUUGGUAGCCACCUCCAGUGAAUCAAAGAAUAUCAAACCAUCAGCUAGUACAUCUGUCGCAACAGUCUCAGCCAACGAGCUAGCUUGGAGAGAGGUCACUCCGCCUGAGCGGCUGGAUAAUGCGGAGGGUUUCUUGGGCCUAGAAGAGAUUGACGACGUGGAGGUUAGUGUCUCUCAACAUCCAUCUUCGCGUACGAAUACUGUAUUUUCAAAGCCCAACCUGUCCACGGAAUCAGGAGUCUCUUUGGAAAAUGAGGACGAAUGGUCUGGUCUGACAGACGACGACCGAUCAGAUGCCGAUAGCCGUGAAGAGAAGACGCAACAGAGGUACGAGGGAAAUGUCCCCAGGAAGACGAGCGGCAAGAGAAAGCUAGAAAAGAGUGAGCUCGUGUCAGGGGUUCCAUACAGCAUACUGGACAAUGCAUCCGAAGACAAAGGAGUUGACACCUCGGAGUGGUCUGCCCUUUCACUGUCUCACAAAACACUUGCUGCAAUCGCCGGCUUGGGCUUUGAACGGCCCUCACCGAUCCAGGCUGCUGUUAUUCCACAAGUUCUGGCGGGCCACGAUGUUAUAGGGAAGGCUGUUACAGGAUCUGGCAAGACCCUGGCCUUCGCGAUACCCAUAUUCGAAAAAUGGCUCGCUUCAAAAACUUCAGCUCAUAUCCCAAAACCCCAGCGAAAAGUGCUCCCAACCAGUCUAGUUCUUACACCGACGCGGGAACUUGCUCAUCAGCUCUCUAGACACUUUGAAGAUUUGGUAGAGAAUGCUGUGGAAAAGCCCAGGACUGUCGCAGUCACUGGUGGUCUCUCAAUUCACAAACAGCAACGCCAGCUAGUCGAUGCUGAUAUCAUCAUUGGCACACCAGGUCGUCUUUGGGAGGUAAUGAAUGGUUCACAAGAUCUGAUCGAAGACCUAAAGCACAUCAAAUUCUUGGUCAUCGACGAAGCAGAUCGCUUGCUUAGUGAAGGUCACUUCAAGGAAGUUGAAGAGAUCCUCGACAUGCUCGAUCGCCAGGUCAUCAGUGACGGAGAGGUUUCGCUUUCCAACAACGCUGACUCCAAUCGACCGAACCGGCAAACCCUCAUCUUUUCUGCAACCUUCCAUAAAGGUCUUCAACAAAAACUCGCUAGCAAGUCUCGGACUGCCGGGGGCGAUCUUCUGACCGACAAGCAGUCAAUGGAUUACUUACUUCAAAAGAUAUCGUUCCGAGAAACGAAGCCAAAGUUCAUUGACGUCAAUCCGACCUCACAGAUGGCCCAGCAAUUAGAUGAAGGCCUGGUCGAAUGUUCCCCAAUGGAAAAAGACAUCUACCUCUAUUCUCUACUUCUUCAACGACCUCAGGCCAAGAUACUAGUCUUCACCAACUCCAUCUCCUCCGUCCGUCGCCUCACACCACUCCUACAGAACCUAAACUUCCCAGCCAGCUCCCUCCACUCUAGCAUGCCGCAAAAAGCACGCCUGAGAAGCGUCGAACGCUUCUCUACCCCCAAAACAGGCGGAACCAUCUUAAUCGCCACCGAUGUAGCAGCUCGAGGUCUCGACAUCCAAAACAUCGACCUAAUCCUGCACUACCACGUCCCCCGAACCGCAGACUCCUACGUCCACCGCUCCGGCAGAACCGCACGGGCCUCCAAAAGAGGGGAGUCUAUCCUCCUCUGCUCGCCAGACGAGGUAGCGGGAGUUACGAAACUUGGUGCCCAGAUCCAUAGCCCAGGAGCGGCCGGUAACCACCAUCUGGAGCCAAUACAUGUGGACCGCCAGCUCGUGGCUCGGCUAAAGCCCCGAUUGACUCUAUCCCAGAAGAUCACAAAUGCGACAUUAGCAAAAGAAAAGGUCGGCUCCCAAGACGAAUGGCUACGCGCCGCCGCGGAGGAACUCGGCGUGCUAGAUUUCGAUAGCGAUGAGUUUGCUAAGGAGGAGGCCAAGAAUAGUCGAGGAAGGGGCGCGACAAAGAAGCAACAGCAGAAGACGACGGGAGCGGUGCCGAAGGCGGAGGUUGCUGGUUGGAGGGCGCAGUUGAAAGAACUUCUGGGUAGGCAGAUUAAUCUGGGGGUAAACGAGAGAUUUCUUGCUGGGGGUGGGGUGGAUGUGGAUUCUUUAUUGGAUGUGCGGGACAAGAGUCAAUUUUUGACUGGGAGGACAAUGGCCGAUUGA